GAGAGAGAGAGAGAGAGAGAGAAGAAGGGGAGAGAGGAGAGGAUAGGGGGAGCGAAAGAGAGGGAGAGAGUAAGUGAGCUCGCGAAAAUUGAAUCCAUGUAGAAUCUCUAUGUAGGUGCAUUUGCCGGGGGAGAACACGCCAAAAAGGGAUAUAGCCCGAGGAAGAUGAUGUGAAGAGAGCGGAGGGCCGAGAGGAGAGAGAGAGAGGGGGGACAGGCGCGUGAAAACCGCAGCGUUCUUUAUUUGCGCCCCCUGCUGCUCCGCUUCUCCUGCCCUCUUUUUCUGUUGCCAUGGUCACAGUACCUGCUCUCCCUCUCCUGUUGGUCCUGGUGGAAUGGGUGGGGCCGGUCGUCUCCUCCCCUCACCUCUUGCUCCGCCCCCGAGAGCGUGAGCGAGAUCAGGUGGCACCGAUGCACUUUAACAUUGCGGUGAUCCACGCAGGCUCCGUGGCUCAGGAUGAGGCGGGAGUGACAGCGGCCGGAGGCAGGGUCCUGUAUCCAGGCUUCGGCCGAGUGCACAGCAGCUUUGGAGAGAGCGUUGUCACCAAGUGGGGCUAUGUUAAUGUCAUCUGGCUUCAGGUGAAUGACAGCAGUCCCAGGAGCUUGCUCUCCCAACUGUGUGACCUGUUGGCAUCCAGACCUGUGCAGGGGCUGGUGUAUGAGGAUGAGAGACCCCUUCCACUGGCCUCAGGCCCACUGGCCCCCAUGCUGGAAUUCGUCUCGGCCCAGACUGGCCUUCCUAUUGUGGCUGUGGGAGGGGGAGCGGGACUGGGCAGAGUGCCACAGGAGAGCGGCUCUAUCUUCCUGCAGUUUAGCACCUCCACAGCUCUCCAAUUGGAAGUGAUCUUCGAGGUGCUUGAGGAGUAUGAUUGGACAGCCUUUUCCGUGGUGUCCACGCGUCACCAUGGCUACCAGGACUUCCUGUCUAUGGUUGAGGGUUUGACAGAUGGCUCCUUUAUUGGCUGGGAGAAGAGGAGCGUGGUGAUGCUGAAUGUGUCAGAUGACCCAGGCGGAGCUCGCACACGCAGACUGCUGAAGGAGAAUGAGUCGCAGGUUCGUCUGCUGUACUGCUCCCAGGAGGAGGCUGAGCAGGUGUUUCACGCAGCAUGGGCUGCUGGGCAGGCUGGAGCAUCUCAUAUGUGGUUUGCUGUGGGUCCAGCGCUGUCUGAGUUGGGUGUGAAUGGCCUGCCCAGCCGUCUUUUUGCUGUGAGGCCUCAGGGCUGGAGAGAUGAAGCACGUAAACGGAUCGCCCGGGGCGUUUCCGUCCUUAUUCAUGGAGCCAUGGCCCUGCGCCAGGACUACGGCGCUACUAGUGGGCCUCACUUUGUCACAAACUGCCAGACAGAUGGCAACAGGACACAGAAGAUUCGCGGAAGAAUGAAAUAUUUCAGUAACAUCACCAUGGGUGGGAAGGAUUACUCUUUCAAUAAUGAGGGCUAUCUGGCCAACCCCUUUCUUGAUGUCAUCUCCUACACAGCAGGGAGUGGCUGGGAAGACGUAGGAUGGUGGGAGAACGGCGUGCUGCGUUUGCGAUACCCGGCCUGGUCUCGGUACGGCCCCUUCCUGCAGCCUCCCGAUGAUGCACAGCACCUGAGGGUUGUGACCCUGGAGGAGAGGCCCUUCGUCAUUGUGGAGCUGGCCGACCCCGCUUCUGGAACCUGCAUCAGGGAUUCAGUGCCCUGCCGACGACCUCUCAAUGCCACGGCUCACCAGGAAGGGGUGGCUCCUGUGAAACAGUGCUGCAAGGGCUUCUGCAUCGACAUCCUCAAGCGUUUGGCCAAGAUUGUGGGCUUCACUUAUGAUCUCUAUCUGGUCACCAAUGGAAAACAUGGGAAGAAGAUUGACGGUGUAUGGAACGGCAUGGUGGGGGAGGUGGUGGAUAAACGUGCAGACAUGGCCAUUGGCUCCCUCACCAUCAAUGAAGAGAGGUCAGAAGUCAUUGACUUCUCAGUGCCCUUUGUGGAGACAGGAAUCAGCGUCAUGGUCUCCCGUAGUAAUGGCACAGUCUCACCCUCCGCCUUCCUUGAGCCAUACAGCCCUGCAGUUUGGGUGAUGAUGUUCGUUAUGUGCCUGACUGUGGUAGCAGUGACUGUCUUUAUCUUUGAAUUCUUCAGUCCAGUUGGAUAUAACCGCAGUCUGCAGAACGGCAAGAAAGCAGGAGGUUCUAAAUUCACUAUAGGAAAGUCCAUCUGGCUGCUGUGGGCUUUGGUCUUCAAUAACUCUGUGCCCGUGGAGAACCCCAAAGGAACCACCAGUAAGAUCAUGGUGCUCGUCUGGGCUUUCUUUGCUGUGAUCUUUCUUGCCAGCUAUACAGCCAACCUGGCAGCCUUCAUGAUCCAAGAAGAAUACAUUGACACUGUGUCUGGCCUCAGUGAUAAGAAGUUUCAGCACCCCACUGAACAAUACCCACCCCUGAAGUUUGGAACGGUCCCGAAUGGCAGCACAGAGAAGAACAUUCGUAGUAAUUACCCUGACAUGCACCAGUACAUGAUCAAAUACAACCAGAAAGGAGUGGAAGAAGCCAUCACCAACCUAAAGACAGGUAAGCUGGAUGCAUUUAUCUAUGAUGCCGCAGUGCUGAACUACAUGGCUCGUAAGGACGAGGGCUGUAAAGUGAUGACUAUAGGCUCUGGUAAAGUGUUUGCCACCACGGGCUAUGGCAUUGCCCUCAUUAAGAACUCUCGCUGGAAACGACCACUGGACCUGGCACUGCUACAGCUGGUGGGCGAUGAUGAAAUUGAGAUGCUGGAGCGUCUCUGGCUUUCAGGGAUUUGCCACAAUGAUAAGAUUGAAGUGAUGAGCUCCAAGCUGGACAUUGACAAUAUGGCUGGGGUCUUUUACAUGUUGCUGGUGGCCAUGGGCCUGAGUCUACUGGUGUUUGCCUGGGAGCACCUUGUCUAUUGGAGGCUCCGCCAUUGUAUGAGUGGAAUGGGCCAAGCAGGCAAACUAGACUUUCUACUUGCCUUCAGCAGGGGAAUGUAUAGCUGUUGCAGUUUUGAGGAUGAAACUGCCCAAGGUGGACCCAAAGUCACCAUUCCACCCCACCAUCAUCCCUCUGUGGUGUCAGCCCCUCCCUCAUCCCAUGUUGUCACUGCAGGUGUCACCAACCAAGCCAUUGCCAUGUUGCCACAGCAACAGCAGCAGCAACAACAGCACCCAUCUCAGCCUCCACAGUCCUACAAAACCCCACGUCCUGGGUCCCCUCCUGCUGUGGUACAUUCUGGGGGAUCUUUGGGGCCCUCUACCACACCACUUCUGGGUGCCCCUCUCCCAUGCUCCACGUUUUUGCCCCGACCUGACCGCAGACUGGCUGUAGUUGACCGCUGGAGACUGCCCAAAUCUGCCAGUGCCACCACACCCAUGAAUCUCAGAGGGGGCCUAUCUGACAUUGGGACAUUCCCACAAAAGAUAGUUCCUACAUGGGCAGGCAGUGGACCUGCUGGAAGCACUUUGGAUGGAUAUAAGCGAUACUAUGGCCCAAUUGACCCUGAAGGCUUGGGGCCAUGUAUGGACCAACAAGCAGGCACUCAGACUCCAAAAUCAGCUCCUAGGAACCAUCAACAACCCCCACCAGCUAGCCUGGCUUUCUACCAGGAGAAAGGCAUGGACCAUGGGGUGGGGAAGAAGGUGGGAGUGUGUACUGGUGGAGGGGGUCAGGGGAAGGGGGUGAAGUCUUUGGGCACUCCUAGGCUGCCACCCAAAAGUCAGACUCCAGCCCCACUGCCACCUAACCCCCCACUGCAGCACCCCUCUCCUCCUCUUCCCUCAUCCCUUUGGAGGAAGCGGAGGCCCAAAAAAUCAAAAGAGCCAGGUGGCCCACUGUAUGAGAACAUUCUUCCGCUAGGCCGGCGAGGAGGUGGAAGGGAUAUGGGUCGCAGGCCUAGACCAUCUCCCCCUCUUCCCAUUCCAGUACCUGUACCACUGUCCCCAACUUACACACCACCAUCGCCCUCUCUCUCUCUGCCUUACACCUCCACCUCAUCCUCCACCUCUAGCACUAGUUCCUCUACCACAUCCUCUGCCUCUUCUUCUCGAUCCACCUCUCCCUCAACCACCUCCAGCACUACCUCACACAGCACCAGGGAUAGGGAGGAAGAGGAAGAAGAAGACUUGGAUGAGCUGACAGAGGAGUCCAGUCUUCUUCAGGGACACAACCGUCACAACAACAGGGAGCGAUCCAUCCUGUCCCCCAGAUCCCUUACACAUGUUCCACCACCACCCCCUGUUCCCCCACGCAAGCCCCGUGGUUCAUUUGGAGAGCGUGAACGAGAAAGAGAGGGCAAUAGAUUGAGAGAGAGAGGUGGCAGCCAGCUCGCUCAGCUCCAGGAGUGGUGGGCAGGAUGGGGGGAAAGAGAGAGAGAGCGGAACGGGGGAGGAUCUGGUGACACUGAACGGAAAAGAGAGAAAAGACACAGGAAAGAGAGGGAGAAAGAGAAAAAGAAAAAGAAAAAAAACAAGAAGAGGAAAAAGAGAGAGGAACGUGAAAGGGAAAGGGAGCGCAAGCGGCGGAAGGUGAAGAAGAAAAAGAAAAAGGUGAUGAAGGCAAAGAAGAAGAGGAAGGUAUCCACUGGCAAGCAUUCAGAGCCAGAUGAAGGUGAUGUAGAGGUAGAGAGAGAGGGAGAGGGUGAUGGAGAGAGAGAGGGAGAGUAUGCCUCCUUCUCCAACCAGUACCAGAGCACAUUUGGAGAAAAGGGAAGUCUCCUAGGUUGGGAAGGAGAGAGAGAGCGAGAGAGGAGAGAUGGGGGGGAGGAUGUGGGAGACGAACAAGAUGAGGAGAGUGGAGGAGGCCAGAGUAGAGAAAGACGGCCAAAGAGUAGCCAUGCACGCCACAGACCAUCCAGCAAGAGAUACCCAAAUCUCAACAAACUUCCUGCUUCCGUCAAAUUUUGGGUCAGUGGAGGGGCUACAGAAGCAUCAGUAGGCUCACCUCCCUCCUCAUUACAUACUCUUCUUCCAUCAACCAAGCGAAGGAGGAGCAGUGGAGCAGAUCGAGAGGUGGCAGGAAGGGGAGGUGAGCGUCGACCAUUGCUCCUACACUAUGAGAGGGGCCGGGCACACACGAGAGAAGGCCUGUCCUUUCAUGAGUGGGACUCUGAGGAUGAAGAUGAUGAUGAUGAAGUAGAGGAACAGGAAAGGGCACAAGAGAGGGUAAGAGUGGAUGGAAGGGUGAGAAGGGCAGGGGGGAGAGGGGCUGUGUCUGAGUCUGAGAGGGAUCAAAUUAGAGCAGAUGAGAGUUAUUCGGAUGAUGGCUCCUCAGGGGAGUUUGGCCAGUUUGAAAGGUACUGGGAGGGCAAUGGGGCAGAAGGAGUGAGUGGGAUUGGAGGUGGGGGUUGGUUUUUUGGCACCUACCCUGCCCGAGAGAAAGGGGGAAGCAUCAACAGCAGAGAUGAUUCAAUAUUAGGUCGAACUGAAGGGUGGAGUGGAGAUUUUUGGGGCUCAGGUUCAGGAGUUGGCUGGGGCUCUGGGGGUGGAAGUGGGGGUCUUGGCUCACAAUGGCCACCUCCUCCAGCAUCACUACCACCCCCUCGACGAUACUGGUCAGUUGAUAAGCUGCCCAUGAAGAGUGAGAAACGUGGUCACAAUAGGUCAAAGAGCAAAGCAAAGAGGGCUCGAGAGAGGGGGCAGGAUAUGGGAUCAUGCUCAUACACACAGAUUAGCCACAGCAGAGUGCCAUAUCGGUCCAAACGGGGCAGUGCUACCUCCCACAGUCAGGAGGAGCUGCUGCCCCACUGUCACAGUCUAAACACAGGCCCACGACCCAAACUUCCCCCAAAACCCGAUGGUGUCAAAUCUGGCAGUCAGUCCAACCUCAGCACCCAGCAAGCCCAACAUUCAGAGCCAACAUCCUCCCCUACCCAAUCUUUACUGCCCUCACUCCCUGCAAGCUCUGCACCCUCCUCCCUCCCUGUGCCCAUCCCACAACCGCCUUCUUCUGCAUCCAUGUCUCCACCACCGGUAUUAUCACCUGGUACCACCAAAGGGGCUAGUGCUAGUGCUAAACUUCAGUAUCAGAGACUGCGCUCUGUGCCCCAGCCCCGGCGCUUUUACUCACCCCACCUGCCACUUAAAGCGAAAAGCCUGUGCUCACGGCGUGGCUCAGCCCACUUUUCCAGCCUUGAAAGCGAAGUAUGACACGGGGCUUCGUUGCUGCACGUGUGUGUGAGCUCUAUGGUGAAAUACAAAUGGACUGUGACGCACAUACACGCGCUGCACCAGGAUCGAGGUAGUGACCACGACUGCCAUGAUGGUGCCAGAGGCUGGGACAGUGGUGGUGAUAUCACAACAGGAGAUGAGUCUACAGAGGCUGUCUCCCUAACUACGGAAACCCCAGCUGUGCUCCACUUCCGCUCGGAACUGAGCAUUACAAUGUCGUCUGUAGUCCUGUCCUCCAAUGAGAACAAUGGAUCCAGAAUCUUUUUCUUUCAUGACAAUACAUCCAAACUCUCAUCCAUCGAUCCAGCCAUCCAUCUGGUUGUGGGGAGCCUGGAACCUAUCUCAGAGGACUCUGGGCACAAGGCAGGGGACACGCUGGACGGGGUGCCAACUCUUCACAGGGCACAAUCACACACACAUUCACACACUGUGGACAAUUUAGAGAUGCCAGUCAGCCUACUGUACAACGCAUGUCUUUGUACUAGGGAAGAAAACUUAUUAUGAAGCAAAAGCUGUGUGUGUGUGCUUGCUGGUUAACAUCUGAAUGCAGAGGAAAUAUAAAUUGCUUACAACCUGAUGUCUUGAUGCCCUGGAAAGAACAGCACCUCUCUUCAGCAAGCUUGGACAGCUGAAUAACAUUCUACAAUGUCCUAACACUAUCCACACCAUUCAUACAUGUCUGUCAAGUCAAUUAUUAUGAAGGAGCAGUAUACAGAAUGAGCUGUAAUACAUUAUGUAUCUUUGUUUUAGUCAGAAAUAGGACUAAGGCCAGUUUUCAGAUUGUGACACAAACUGCCAUAUGGACAUCAUUGUACCUGGUUGGUGGAAAGUAAAACAUGUUUUAACCCUUUCAGGCAGUACACUGAUGUUACAUUCCACCAGCAGAAUGGAAAUCAACUUAUCCGACAUUUUCAAUCAGUAUAAACAAAUGAAUUAUUUUAUCGCUACAAGUCUGUUAUAAUAUUAGUCAGGGCACUCUUGGGUUUCAGUGUGUAGAGUAUCAUGACUCUGUGUUUAGCUGCUGGGGAGCAGGGUGGUAGCAAAGGGGAGAAGUGUGAGCCCCCUGCUAGGUAAACAAUUCAUACCUCUCCACAAUAACAUUGUUACAGAGAUCAAAUGGACAGCACAACUAUAGCUUUUUUCGAGUUAAAUACUGUAUACAACUGCCACAACUAAAUUAUAAAAUUUAAACCUAGUAGGCUAGGUAAAAAAUAAAUGCUUGAAAAACUGCAAAUACUUAAAGCCUCAAGUGUCUACUUUCACAUGAGCCAUUAACCACUACUGUGGAGUGUGACAUCACAAAUAAAUUCAAUGCUGAAUGUGCGCCCCCAAAACAGGAGGAAGUCUGUCACUGUCUUCCAAUAACCAGACAGACAUGACGAACUGGCAUGUAUUACUCCCAAUCACACCUUUUUCUGGAGUUCAUGGUCACUGUGUUCUAUGAGACUUUUUCUACUUGCUUCUGCACAAGACUGAACAAACAAAACCAUCACCGUUCUCCUGAAUCCAGGGGCACCUUCACACCUUUAGUCAAAUUUACCAAGUUUGAAUUCAAGUGAAAUGUAUACUUUUCUUCAUUGGCUGUUUGUUUUGGUUUGGUUUCACAUUG